AUGACGGAUGAGAAGCCCUGUUUAGAAAAAUGCAUGUCUUUCUGUGACACAAGGCUUAAUCUUACGGAAUUUGACAUACUGGAAGUCGCCGUUGUGGAGGAUAACCUCCCUAUAAACGAAAGUGAGGACCCCUCCAUGCCACCCAAAUUAAAUAUGACAAUCAGCCUACUACAGAACGACACCAACAACGUGGAUCUAAAACUGGGUAUGAACAGAGCCUUGAAUGAACAACGGAGCGUAUAUGUACUUAGGACGAACAAAGCAGGACAGCCUGUUCUAAGGAAGCAACAGAUACCAAUAGAAGGGAACAUAGCAUUUUAUCAAGACAAGGACACUGGGGCUAAUGUCAUGAUGACGUGUGAUGGAUUCGAAGUGGGUCACUGUGACCCUGUCUUGGAGGGUAGUUUCUACGUGAAGGACGUAGAAUACGGCCUGGAACCCCUUACUGAAGAUUCACCAUUGCGACGUAAAAGGAGUGUGAAUGGCCGCAGAGGAGGAAGACUAUAUUCUGUAUUUCGACGAAACAAGACAAGCCAGUCAAAAACGAUUUCGAUUCUAGAAUAUACCUUUCAGCAGAAAGUCGUAGGAAUUGUCAUUGAAUUACGGCGUAAAUGCGUUGACGACAUGCGUCUUUAUGGUCUGUACUUAGGUACCGAUUCGGUAAACAACGGGGCCAAUGCACAGUCCAUGCAAUUGGUGGACCGAGUACUGGACCUGAGCGAAUUCAUGAACCCUGCCAGCGCUACCAUGGAAAUGAGGAGAAGGACAUCUGAUACAGAUGAAAAGAAGAGACAACGCAAAAAAUGGAAACGGAGAAAGAAUUUGUCUUCCACCCCUUACCAGAUGGGUCUGAUUGUUAUCAUUGAUUUCAGUAUCUACCAAACUUGGUAUAGACGAAGUGACAAGACUACUCCAGCUGAAAGAGACAUCGACGCCAAGUCAAAGAUCCGGCAGUACAUGGCUCACGUAAUCAACGGGGUGGAUCUUCGAUUUCAAAAUUUACGCAGUAACCGAAUCAAAAUUGUUGUUUCGCGGUAUAUUAUAGCCGAUACUCAGGGAGCUUCGCCAUGGACAACUCGGAGGUUUUUAGCCCAGCCAAGAGAUCUGGUCUAUGCUGAUGAUGUUUUAAAUGAACUCAUUAAAUGGCGUUACAGAAUGGGCCACGAAUUACCAAGACACGACCAUACAAUUCUCUUUACCGGGUAUGAUUUGUAUCGGCCGACACUUGCCAAUAAGGGGGUUGCAGGUUUUGCGCGUGUGCGUUCCAUGUGUAGCCAUUCAAGCGUAUCUGUUGUUGAGGAACAUGGAGGGUUUGGAAGUGUUCUUACCGCAACCCACGAGAUAGGACACAGUCUCGGAGCAUACCACGAUGGUCACAAUAACACUUGUGCUGGUGAGGACAACUUUAUAAUGACCCCCAUUGGAGGAUCCGCCACCCCUUCUAACGCCCUCAAUCCCUUCCACUUCUCCGAGUGUUCCGAGGACGCCUUCAAUCAUCUCAUAGAGGCUUUACCCCCGAACAACUGUCUGACAGAUGAGACGGAUAUUUAUGACCAAGAGGAGUUUGAUUCGCACGUUACACAGAAAGCUGGUCAGCUGUACGGGCCGAACGAACAAUGCCGUCAACAUCUGGGGUCGGAGUCUUACUACGCCUGGGGUGGAAUUCUUGGUGAGGCAACCGAAGUGUGUACACACAUGGCCUGUAAAAAUGCUAUGUCAAAUACUAGUUUCAACAUCUACUACGCUGCCCAGGGUACCUCCUGUGGUAACAAACAGUGGUGUGUAGAUGGCGAAUGUCUUCGUGAGGAAACAGCUCCAAAAAGAGACGAUUCAUGCGUACAUGGAGAUGCGUGGAGAGAUUUCAGUGGUUUGACAUGCGCUCAAUACGUCAAUGCCGAUCCCAGUAGAUGUUAUUAUUCCUACUACAGUCGAUUCUGUUGUGUAUCGUGUAAAAGUCUCCGAACAGGCGAUCCAGGAUGUGAAUAUGGUAAUAGGAAAAAGAAGGUAUGCAGAAUGGUUGAGAAGGAUCCAAGAUUUUGUUACCAUGACAACAACGAAAACUUGUGUUGUGAAACUUGUAAAAAGCACAAUACAGGAAUUACAGGUUGUGAGUACGGCGACCGGCUGCCUAAUUGCACGAUAGAAAGAUGUGCCGACGAAACAUACCAUAAAAAAUGCUGCAAGACAUGUAGGCAAUUCAAACCUAAACCCGUACUAGUAGGUCCGGUAUCACCUCUCCGAGAAUCUAUCUUGCCUGCUAUUUCCAUGUCUCCGAAAAUAAACUCCAGCACAGAUGAGACGUCCACUUCAGGUCCUAUUAAAGUGGAUGCAUCAUCGCCAUUUAAUACAAAGUCUACCCUUACUCUCCCUAAACCUAUACCCAAUUCGCAGACGACCCAGCAACAAAAAGACCAGAAAAACACGUUUGCUACUACACAUAAAAUAGAGGGAAUUAAAGUAUCAGAGCUUGGCCCAAUUACACCACUACAACAGCAAGGUCACUCCUUUGCAAACCCUUUGGUAACAAAACCUAAAGCAUCGGGAUUCCUCACAACCGGGAUUGGGAAUCAAGACAAACAAUCAGACCAAACACGGCAAUAUUAAGCCAACCAGUUGUUGUUUCGAACAAUAAUGAAGGACCAAAUAAUCAAACCGAUUCUGUGAAAAUAGUUCCAAAACUAGAGAAAAAUGGAGCUGACAGGAGGUUAAAUAGUAUUUU